UUGCAUCCUCAUGAGCACAUUCACGAACUUCACUUCAAGGAACGCAUCCGCCAUUUCACAUGGACGUGGUUCACUAUGACUAUGGCCACUGGAGGCGUGGCCAACACUCUUUACCAAGUACCCUACCGUUUCCCCGGCUUGUACGCCAUCGGCUGCUUCUUCUUCCUCUUCAACAUAUGCCUCUUCGUCUUCAACCUGACCAUGAUCUCCCUACGUUUCUACCACCACCCGUCGACCUUCAAGAACUCUCUCCUCCAUCCCACCGAAUCCCUCUUCAUUCCAGCUUCCAUCAUCUCCAUCGGGACAAUCCUGCUCAAUGUGAGCCAGUACGGACUCGACUAUUCAGGCGACAGCAGGGCAUGGCUGCUCAGCACCAUGAAUGUGCUGUUUUGGGUGUACUGUGGCCUGGCUGUCAUCUUCAGUGCUGGCAUUUAUUUGAUCCUCUGGUCGACACAGACUUUCACAGUCGCACAAAUGACUCCAGUUUGGAUCUUUCCUUGCUAUCCUUUGCUGGUCAUUGGUCCCCACGCUGCAACUUUGGCCAAACAUCUCAUGAAUCGGAGCCUUUCCGCCUUACACAUCAUCGUCGGUGGUUUCGUAUUCCAAGGCAUCGGCUUCUUGCUUUCUCUCAUGAUCUACGCUUCAUUCAUCUACCGGCUCAUGACACAAAAGCUUCCGCAAGAGACGUUGCGCCCUGGAAUGUUCGUCUCUGUGGGUCCUUCAGGCUUCACGAUUUCUGGCAUAGUCGGCAUGGGUAAUACAUUGCCAAAUGUCGUUGGUAAGGACUUCAUGGGCGAAGGGAUUGGGGAGCUUGCAGGCCAAGUGAGCAAGAUCGCCUCCGUCUGGUUCGGUCUUUGGCUGUGGGGCUUAGCAAUGUGGUUCUUCCUCGUCAGCGCAGGAGCACAUUGGUCUUGUGUUCGCGAUCGCCGCAUGACGUUUGCCAUGACUUUCUACUCCUACGUCUUCCCGAAUACCGCACUCACCACGGCGACGUUUGCCAUCGCCAAAGCUCUCAACAGUCGGGUGAUUAGGAUCCUAGGAUGCGCAUUCACCAUCAUCAUCAUCUUCAUUUGGCUUGGGGUGUUUGUGAUGAUGAUCCGGGCAGUCAAGCACAAGGACAUUCUGUGGCCGCAGAAGCAAGAAGAUCGAGAGGAAGGAGGUUGGAAAAAGACCAGUGACGAGGCGAAAGCUUGUUUGGAUCUUAGGCGAUGUCAAACUGAGCAAGAAGAGGGCGUCACUGGUACGGAUCCAACAAGUCUAGGAACCUAUGCCACUCCGACUGUCGGACCCGGCGAGACGCCGACGCUGAAAGUGAACGGGAGUUUGAUCGAUCAAGAAACGAACGUACGUGGACGAGCUGAGAAGCAGAGAAAUGAUAGCAUGGUAUGACAACAACAACAACAGCAGGACCACCAUGUAACGAUGCAACAAUGAUGAGAUGAAAAGACUCAAACGAAUUCUCGGAGGAAUUAUCACGGCGGAGGAGUGAAUGGCCGCCGCGUGGGCAAAAGACCGAAGAGAUGUCAUUCUGCAUGCAGAAGGACUGCGGUGUACAAAUGAAAUGUCCAGUCUAUUUACCACGCAAGUUACGACUUUCCUAUAUAGCGGCACAAAACCAAACGCUCCAAGUCUUAGAAAGAACGCUCAUCAUAAAUCAAUCAAACAGAAACCCUCAUUCUAGUACUAAAGGCAAAAAUCUGCUACAUGUAUGCUUUGGGGAUCUGUUUCAUAUCGAACCCGCUUCCAGCAGGCUUGCACGUUGAGGCUAGUGGUUGUUCGCAAGCUCAUCAGAGUCAUGGUCGUUGUGUUCGUGUGCCCAGUGGUUGCUUGCUUCUUCUCCAGGACCCCAUGUCCAUCACCCGAUAAGCUUUCUUUCCACGGCGCUUACACACGUGUGGUGCAAACUUUCGUCCAGCUCAGCUCUCAGUCGUUUCGACUUGUUGACGACGACAAAGUUGUUGAAAGAUUCCAUCUGCCGAAGUCCUAUUCCGACCAAUGUCGUUCCUCAAUGCGUUCGAAAUCUCCUUCGCAUACAGGCUCGCGCUUGAAGACGUUCUUGAAUGAAGACAUGAAGCGUUUGACGAAGCCGGGAGAAUCGGCGCCCUUGGUGUUCUGGAGAUUUCCUCUGCUGCGAGGAUACUCCUGCUGUCGAGAUGCCAUGGUACCCGGGAAGGCUGGCGCAGGUUUCACUUGUGGUUCGGCAAUCGAGGUGGUGUGUUGGGCUUGCUUGUAGUCUGGCUCGUUGUGGAGAGGUUGCUGUGGUGGUGCAUGCGCACGGUUGUUGACGAAAGCUGGGACUUGCGGUGCCGACUUUGGUCCUUGUGGAAUCUUGAUCGAUUCGUAGGGUGAUUUCGUUGGGGGUGCUGAUAUAGGAGCAGGCGGGAUAUAGACUCGCUCUCGGCUUGUAUUCCACCCUACAUCAUUCUGCGGCGUCAGAAAUCCGUUGGAAUGUUGGCCACGCCCGAUAUCGUCUGUGUGCUGCGCAGCGUUCGCAUCGAACGGCUCUUGAUGUUUGACAUCGCGCAAGGGUGAUCUUGAUCGUGUCAUGGGCGGAACACGCACAAGAGUGUGUCCGUUUUGCUCCCAGGGUGGUAGUCUUGGGUGUUCGUGAUGCCUCAACUCGUGGUAUGCGGCAUGGUCGUUACGCCAUGUGUCAGGCACCGCGCGCUCCAAAGUGACAGCCAUUUUGAUAGAUGCUCAAUCUGCGAGAGUAGUCUGUGAGUGUUUUUGGAAGAUGGCCGCGAGUAGGCCGC